UUCCUCUGCAUAAGCGACCGUCGCCUCGAAACUCCAGGCAAAGUUUAACUUGUUCCGAGGCGGUGUUGAGGACACUCUAUUUUGCAUUUAUGUUGGGCGUUCGAGCACUCGGCCUUCUUCAAGAAUGGGGAUGUUGUCGGCGAUGUAUGUUGAUCUUCUUGGGAGAACGUUCGGAGUUGCUGUACGGGGAUAUGACAGUUAUUGAUGACACUUUGAAAUCGGCUGCAACCAAGCUCAAGGAUGAAUCAGAGCCAGAGAAUGGCAUUUCUGAACAGAAGGAGGAGGAGAAGGAAGAGGAGCCAUCACUUCAGGAAGGCUCUGAGGCUUCAGGGAACCAAGAAAGUAAGGUCAGAGUGUCGUUAGAAGACACUGAUUAUGACCACAUGACCAAGAAGCAGCGAUGUUCUGUUUGUAUUACGUGCCUAGGGCUUUUGCAGUGGGGCUGCUCUUCAGAUGCUGUAAAGUUGCUGAGUGAUGCAAUAUCAUCAAGAGGGAAUGAUGGAGAUGCCUUUGCUCUUGCACUGUCAUUUCCAAUGUGCCUUAGUCUGAGAGUGCACAGAGUGUGGACACUUCUCUUGCAAGCGCUGCCCAAGUUUCCAGAAAAGGGAAGGAUAGAUCAUGUUGGUACAAUAAAAGAAGUUUGGAAGAAUUUAGUUGGACCAGAAAUUGAAGUUUCUAUCAAAAGGAAAUUCGUCACAAAGAAAUAUCUUGAUUUUAUACUGAAUGUUAACUCUACUCACAGUAGAGACAUGGUUGAAUGUGAGAUAAUGGAAAAACUGUGCACAGCAAUGUUCACAGUACGUCGUCAGCAACAUAGGAAGUACUCCAAUACAGUCUUUACAAAACAGGCCAUAGAGACGGCUAUUAAGAAAGUUAGUGAUGAGGAAUUUUUGAAAGCAUGUCCAGAGCCUCCAUGUGUUCCUGAUGAGACAAUUGUCUUCCAGUCUCUUCAGUGCCAACAGACUUCUAUAUUUAUGGCAGGAAGGUACAAUAAAUACAGCCGAGAGUUACCACAGACUCCCUGGUUAGUUGAAGGAGAACGCAAGAUGGAAACAAGUGUACAGGAGCUUAUAUGUGAAUCUUUGAUUGGAGCUGUGAAGGCAGAUGAUGUGAAGUUCUCUUCAUCCGGGCGUGAAGAUGUGGAUGUGCGUUGUCUAGGGACAGGGCGACCCUUUGUGGUGGAGUUCCUCAACCCAUGUCGCACAAAGUUCACCAGGUCUGAAAUGAAGGAACUUCAAGCAGCUAUUAAUGGUAACACCAAGUUGGUGGCCCUAAGAGACCUGCAGGUUGUUGACAGAAAGGAUUUGAAAGUUUUGAAAGAGGGUGAAGAAGAGAAAACAAAGGCUUACUGUGCACUCUGUUUAGCAAGGGAUGGCUACGACCCCAAGGUUCUUGACAGAUUGUCUGGAAUGACGGAAUUAACUCUUCAUCAGAAGACUCCUAUUCGCGUCCUCCAUAGACGGUGUUUAGCAACAAGGCAGAAGAUCAUUCACAAAAUGCUUGCAUCACGUGUUGAUGAUUAUUUCUUCAAGCUUCAUCUUACUACUCAAGCUGGAACAUACAUAAAAGAAUUUGUACAUGGAGAUUUAGGACGCACAACACCCAAUCUAGGAUCAUUAUUAGGCCUGGAAGUGGAUAUAAUUGCCCUAGAUGUGGAGAAUGUUGCUUUGGAUUGGCCUCCAAGAUGUGAUGAUUGAUGAUUGUACUUUUGUAUAGAACAGAAAAUUAAAGUGUUCCUUAAACAAAA